CAACGGCUCACAGCUGGCGGUGGCUGCGGGCGGCUCCAGCAGGGCAAGGGGCGCCGACACCUGCGGCUGGAGGGGAGUGGGGCCGGCCAGCAGAAACAGUGGGCUGCACAACAUCACCUUCAGAUAUGACAACUGCACCACUUACUUGAAUCCAGUGGGGAAGCACGUGGUCGCCGAUGCCCAGAACAUCACCAUCAGUCAGUAUGCUUGCCAUGACCAAGUGGCAGUCACCAUUCUUUGGUCCCCAGGGGCCCUUGGCAUCGAAUUCCUAAAAGGAUUUCGGGUAAUACUGGAGGAGCUGAAGUCGGAGGGAAGACAGUGCCAACAACUGAUUCUAAAGGACCCGAAGCAGCUCAACAGUAGCUUCAAAAGAGCUGGAAUGGAAUCUCAACCUUUCCUGAAUAUGAAAUUCGAAACGGAUUACUUUGUAAAGAUUGUCCCUUUUCCUUCCAUUAAAAAUGAAAGCAAUUAUCACCCUUUCUUCUUCAGAACCCGCACCUGUGACCUGCUGUUGCAGCCGGACAACCUGGCCUGUAAACCCUUCUGGAAGCCUCGAAACCUCAACAUCACCCAGCACGGUUCGGACAUGCAGGUGUCCUUCGACCACGCGCCCCACAGCUUCGGCUUCCGUUUCUUCUAUCUUCAUUAUAAGCUCAAGCAUGAAGGACCCUUUAAGCGAAAAAUCUGUAAACAGGAGCAAAAUACAGAGACAACAAGCUGCCUCCUUCAAAAUGUAUCUCCGGGGGAUUAUAUAAUUGAGCUGGUGGAUGACACUAAUACAACAAGAAAAGUGAUGCAUUAUGCCUUAAAACCAGCACACUCCCCGUGGGCCGGGCCCAUCAGAGCUGUUGCCAUCACUGUGCCCCUGGUCGUCAUAUCAGCAUUUGCAACGCUCUUCACUGUCAUGUGCCGCAAGAAGCAACAAGAAAAUAUAUAUUCACAUUUAGAUGAAGAGAGUUCUGAGUCCUCCACGUACACCACAGCGCUCCCCAGGGAGAGGCUCCGGCCACGGCCCAAGGUCUUUCUUUGCUAUUCCAGUAAAGAUGGCCAGAAUCACAUGAACGUUGUCCAGUGUUUUGCCUACUUCCUCCAGGACUUCUGUGGCUGUGAGGUGGCUCUGGACCUAUGGGAAGACUUCAGCCUCUGCAGAGAAGGGCAGAGAGAAUGGGUCAUCCAGAAGAUCCACGAGUCCCAGUUCAUCAUCGUGGUGUGUUCCAAAGGCAUGAAAUACUUCGUAGACAAGAAGAACUACAAGCACAAAGGAGGUGGCCGAGACUCGGGGAAAGGGGAGCUCUUCCUGGUGGCAGUGUCUGUCAUCGCCGAGAAGCUCCGCCAGGCCAACCAGAGCUCAUCCGCGGCACUCAGCAAGUUCAUCACCGUCUAUUUCGAUUAUUCCUGCGAGGGAGACGUUCCUGGCGUCCUGGACCUGAGCACCAAGUACAAACUCAUGGACAACCUUCCCCAGCUCUGCUCCCACCUGCACUCCCAGGACCGCAGCCCCCAGGAGGCGGGGCCGCACCCGGGCCGCGUCAGCAGGAGGAACUACUUCCGGAGCAAAUCGGGCCGCUCGCUGUACGUCGCCAUUUGCAAUAUGCACCAGUUUAUCGACGAGGAGCCUGAUUGGUUUGAGAAGCAGUUCGUUCCCUUCCAUCCUCCUCCGCUCCGCUACCGGGAGCCCGUCCUGGAGAAGUUUGACUCAGGCCUGGUUUUAAACGACGUCCUGUGCAAGCCCGGGCCCGAGAGCGACUUGUGCCUCAAGGCCGAGGCCGCCGUCGCCGGGGCGCCAGCCGACCCGCGCUCGGAGGGCCCGCAGUUGGGCUCUGACGAAGACGCCGAGGCCGGGCCCGUAGCGGGCGCCACCUCUGUCCUGCGGCCCCUGCUGCACACAGUGAAAGCCGCCGGCCCCUCAGACAUGCCGAGGGACUCUGGCAUCUACGACUCGUCCGUGCCCUCGUCAGAGCUGUCCCUACCUCUCAUGGAAGGGCUGUCCACGGACCAAACGGAGACGUCUUCGCUGACGGAGAGCGUAUCGUCCUCCUCAGGCCUGGGUGAGGAGGACCCUCCUGCCCUUCCUUCCAAGCUCCUUGCCUCUGGGGCAUGCAAAGCAGAACCUGGUUGCUGCAGCUACACUGGUGAACUCCACGCAGUUGCCCCUUUGUAACAAAAUGGAAGAGUCUAAGCAUUGCCACUUUAGCUGCCGCCUCUCGCUGGUUCCCCAGCUCAUCUCUCUGGGUAUGUGGCCCACUUGGAGCUGAGAUCUCUAAGAAUAUUCAGAGUGAAAUCUGGCCAGUACUUGCUCUCCUUUCCUCUACUCUAUCAGAUAUAUUGGCAGAGUGUCCAGUUUUCUGAAACCAUAUGGAGCUCUGAAAGGCAUGUCCAUAAUGUCUGACAGCAACUUGCCAUGUUAGAUCAGACUUUGGAUUAGAGCCAAUUCUGGGAGGUGGGGAGGAAACAUGUAAAGAGAAACAGGAAAAUACCCGCACUGAUCAUUCAGACUUAAUUUAUCUGCACAAACUUUGCCUAUUCACUGUUGGCUACUUUGAUUUGAAAUGCUUUGUGGAAAAAGCACUUUUGAUGCCACUACAGCCUCAGAAAUCAAGUGCCAGUCUCUUUGGAAUCCAUAUUGUUACAGGUGAUGUUCCUUUCCAUUUUUGGUGUGGAAUUUAUGAUACCAUGUAUGAUGCCAUGGGUGUUAAAAAAAAAGCUGAGUUAAAGGUCAAGAAGGUGACUGAAUAUACAAUCACCUUUCAUAAAAUGAGUCUUUAUAUAUUAAUGGGUGGCAUGGCUGGCUGAGCUAGGGGCUGCAGGACCAGGCUGACCAUCUAGCCCAUUUUUUCUUAGAUGGGUUGGUCAGUGUGCUGGAACUCAGCACCCAGGGCCACCUCUUGGUCUGAAGAGGCAUCAUGCAGGGGCCAGAUCUGCCUGCCACGUUUCCCUGGGUUCCAUUUACUGUGCUGUAUCUCAGAUGUUGGUGCCUAGAAGUUUAUUUUUAAGAGGCUAAUACCCAGCUGGGCUGUAUUACUGGAAGUUGUGAUUUGUGCUUUGGUUGGCCUCUCGUCUAAAGCUGUGUCCAUAAUAUUAGGGAUCAGAAUCCACUGAAAUACAGCAGUAUGUGGAGGUGGUAGCCAUUUAAUCUGCUGACUGGUUUUGACUAAUGACAAACCUCUUUUUAAGAAGGUGAAAAGGAGGGGAUUGUUAAAAAGAUGAAUGUGCUCUUUGAGUAUCGUCUAAAGAAGCAUGGGACCUGAAAUCAUUAAAUUCUUGAAUCUUAAAGUACUCCCCCGACAACCCAGUCUGUGAAUCAGGUUUCACUUUGUUUUUGUUGUACUUACCCAAUUAAAGAUUUGUCUCUUGUGUUCAUUUCUAUCAAAAAUAGGUAUUUAGAGCUUAAAAGGAAAGAAUUUGCUUUAAAAAGGAAAAGUAAAUGUUCUGUUUUUUUGAAUGACUCUUCUUCAGAAUUUCUGUUUCCAGUGGAAAAAAAAUUGUUCUCUUCUCCUCCCCAUGACCUUGAGGGGGGAGUGAGUGUUUUUAUUUUUCCUAACUUUCAAGUGAAUACAAUUGGAUUUUGGCAUCCUAUUUUCUCAGCACCCGUACCAGAGACCAUGGUUUUCAUUCCUUCAGCAAGUAGGACCAAAAUUAAGGGGGAACACUGAGAAACAUCCUAGGGUGGGAAAUGGGGUGGGGCAGGACUUUUCCUUCCAAGUUCAUUCUCGGUAAGUGGGGAAGGGAAGGUUUGCAUCCCUACUGGAAAGGAGGUUUGUGUGUACCUUUGAUGCAUGCCACACUCCCUGCUCUGUAAAGGCAGCUGGCAGCUUCUUGGGAGAAGAAUGUGCUAGUCUGUUCUCUGGCAUCGAGUUUCCUACAGCUGCUCUGAGGGAGAGACAAGUGGGCUGCAGAACUGUCUCCCCCACAAAGCCAGGCAUCUUGUUGGAGAAGCGAUGUUUCAUGUUGUCACUGUGGAAUCUGAGAUGAGUGCAGAGCUCCUGCGCAUAUGUGACUGUCCUCCCAUUCCAUCGUCGGUGUGCGUUCUGGGAAGGAGAUUGGUCAGUUUUAUUAAUGUCUGAAAAUUAACUUUGAAAUAUUUUCAAAGUGAUUACUUACUGAAGCCAAGAAAUGGAGCAUGCCCUGAAGGAACCAUUAGGAGCUGCUUUCAGAUAGAUACUCAGCUUUGCAUGUGAAAGGAGGCAUCUCUGAGAAAGUGGCCCCAGGGACAGCAUGGAGGACUGGGGAGGAAGCGUCACCUGGGCUCCGUGAGUGGAGGAUGGAGAGCUUGCUAAAUAAAUUCACUUAUGAAAAUGGUUGGGAAAAAUUGUGCUAGUCCAAAAAUCAGGUGAUGCUUUGGGUAUUUAUUUUGAAAUACUAAUGAUGAUGAUGGUCAAUGAAAUCAAACUGUUGUACCAAGUAAUGAAACGACAUUGUGAAUGCCCAGCUCUGAAAAAGCUGAGAAGACCAACGACUUCCUGGUUCUGCCUUAGUUACACUUUUUUUUUUUUUUUUUACAUUCUGCCCUCACCCACCUCCCCCUCAAUCUCAUGCUGGGAAUGGGGAUAGUUGCCUCACAGAUUAAAGCAAAACAUCUGUUUUAAGCAGAGCUGCGUUUUUUGACUCUAACAUUGUCCUGGACAGUGGAAAUGAUAAGACAGAAUUCAGAUAAAGGUUCUGCCAAAUCACAGCCUUUUAGACAUUGGGGAAGCAAGAAUUAGAAUAUAGGGAUGAUGUGAAUGAAAGGCUUUCAUCCUGAGGGUUCAAGGCUCUGUGUGGCCAAGUUAGAUGAUGUGUAAGUUCAGGGUUCCAGGUAACCGAGAAGCCUGCAGGUAGUUGAAAGGUAGGGAGUUAGUUGUCUAUCUUAACUUACCAGUGCCCUACAGAAAGGACUUAGUAUCUGACACAGUCAGCUUUGCCAGGAGAGUGACCAGAGAGGUGAAAGUCCAGGUAAAGACGUGUUCUUCUCCAGGUCAGCUACAAGCAACAGGGGCCACCUGGAUGGGCCCUGCACUGGAGGCAGGAGUCCUUUAGAGGGCUGAGUCCUGGGCCUUUGAGGUACAGUGAUCUCCAGAAAGAAUCAGAAGUCAUUCAGGUUCAGGCUCAGGUACUUAGGUGGGUGACCCAGCCAAGUAGUAGUAUUUUAAGCCGAAAAUGGGGCAUAAAGUCAAGAGACAGAGUUUUUGGUUGAUAAAUUAAUAAUCACCAAAGACAGUCCCAGAUCAGAAGUUUAAAAAAAAAAUGUUCUAAGCAAUGGUAACAUCAUUGGAAUCAGUGUGUAGUGAUUUAAGUUCAUAUAUGUUUGUCAAAAUUUAUUUAUAGUCUUGCUACUUUAUAGCCGUAAGUGUCAUUAAAAAUAAAAAAGCAAAAACCCUCUAGUCUCAGGUUCCCUGAUUUAAGCACAAAUAAACAGGAAAACUGUCCCCCCAGAAAUGUAGGAUUAUGUGAUUUUCAGAACUUUUCCAUUUUUCAGAGUUGAGUAUCUUUUCUUUUAAAAGAAGCAAAGGAAGAAAACAGCUAUGUUAUUCCUGGAGGAAAAAAAGAGUUUCCUUCCAAAAGAGAGAAAGCCCUGCAGUCCCUAACCACCUCAACACUAAUUUGGCUCUCUUAAGGAGAGAGGAAUUACUCGUUGUGUCUUUACUGGGGAGAGGUGGACAAUGCCAAUGAGAAAUUUAUUAAUGUUUCCUAUUUUAUAUAAUUUGUGAAAAGUGCUGCUCUUGUUUAACAAAUGCUGUGCCUUUAGGGGCCUCCAAAGGGGGUCAAGUGUAAUGAUAAAUAAGGUUUGAUGAUAAAUGUCAGUGACAUGCCUUCUUAGUGUUAGCGAGACAGUAAGGCAUGUUGGGGACUACAGCAAGCUGAAACCCUCCUGUCCCACUUAUAGAGGGCAGCCACUCCAGCCAGUUGUGACCAUGGAGUGUUGCCUUAUUUUUCCAUUUUUAAAGAGAAGCUGAGAAUCUGGAUUUUUAUAUGAAAAUUCUGAUUUUUUUUUUUUUUUUUUUUUUUAGUAUUGGCAAGUAAAUGAUAAAAAAUUUUUACAGUGAAUUCAGGCCCAACGGAACAACACAUAGGUAGACCGGAUUUGGUCCACAAGCUGCCACCUCUGCUUUAUAAGAUUUAAAAAGAAAGGCAUCUUCCAUGGUAAUUAUAGAUGUCUGGUGCCACCAGAAAAUGCUCUUGCUAAAUGUACCAAGGAGCUAGAUUGUUUCUUUUACCCAUUGCUCCCCUAAAGAAAUUUGAUAUGACUGAAUGUAUUUGAAAUGUUUUGAUUGCUUCUUCACACUUAAUGAUGUCUUAAGAAAAAGGCAAACCAGUUGUUAAUUUCAAAACCAGAUUUAUGUUCUCCCAAUUUAAAAAAUACGACACUUAAAUUUCAUUUAAACUCCAUAAACCAAAGGACCUUAUUUAUAGUUUUAGCUCUUGCCUUAAUCACUUUUUUAGAUGAUGUGUAAUUCUGAGCUUAGGCCAGGACUUAAUAAGGAAAGCAGGCAUUGUGGGGAGCAGAGCAAGGAAUCCUGAGGGUCUGCUAGAGCCAGGCAUUUGCUUUGUCUUCUGCUUUAAAUGAUGUGUGAAUGGACUCUGUUUUGGAGGUGUGAAACUGUAUACGGAGAAAAACUUUUCCUGAUACUGAGAUAUCAGUCAAGGGUCCUCACAGGUGUUGGGUCAUCCUUGCUAUAUCACAUCCUUUUCAGGCUUAGGGUGAGAGAAUAAACAAAAGAAAGUCUGACUGUAAGCCAAUAGCUUUGAUUCUGAUUUCAGAGUUUUGGGGAUGGGAGAAAGUUUGGAUUAUCUGGCAUAAUACCCCUCCUCCCUUGCUGCUGUGAGACAGGGCUGUGCAUGAAUUAUUUCAGACAUGUGGCUGUGGAUGGGAUUCUGGAUUUUUAGCAAAGGAGAUUCUGUAACCUACCCUGCUGAUCAGAUAUUUCUUUGUACAUCUUCUUUAUAGAAAUUCAAACCAGCCUUCUUUUGUUCAGCAUGUAGUGGAAAAAGAACAGCUGCUCACCUUCCGUGUAUUUGAAAACCACAGUGAAGUCAUCCCCCUAGUGUUUUUAUUUCAGUGAUAAAUAAUCCCACCCCUACUCAUUCUACACAGCUCUUGUUUUCCAAGGGCUUAAUAAUUUUCACUGCUCUUCAGUUUCUCAGUUUCACACUCAGUUUAGUUGCUUAAAUAGAAUAUGGUGCCUUAUUCACAUUGGUGCCUUGUGAAGGCCAAGCUCAGGAUGGGGAUUAACAGAGAAAUUCUGAGGUACCUGGCUUCUCUUACUACUUAAAAAUAUAAAGGCCCUUUUAAAAAAUGGUAAAUCGCCUGUAUUCAUUUUGAGGGUUGAUUGCCACAUAUUUUUUCCCCCUUGGCAACAGUCCUCUAUCAUAUGUGGAGUUUUGUUUUCCUCUUAUGGUCAGACACUUUGUGCUUAUUCCUGAUAUGUUAAAUGUCAUUCCUGAGCUGCUUCAGGAUACUCUUCAAGACCAGCUCUUACCUUCUGAGUGGCAACUACCCCUCCCUCCCAGUUUUGGAUUAUAUUUUUGUAUAUCUCUAGACACCACCUUUAAUUCAUGACUCACAGUACUAUUAAAAUUACAGACUUCACUUUAACCACAGGUGAGAUAGAUAGCAGUUGGUAGGAGCUAAUUUGCUAAGAGGUCGAGUGAGGACCUUGGGAAUUUUGGUCAUUUGUCUUCCCUCCUGCUCUUUGGUUCCUCUCCCAAAUUCAGCUGGGACCACAGACUCCUCAAGAAACUUUUCCAUGUUCUGAAUGGUUGCAGCCAGGGCUCUGAAUUGACCAAACAUGGUAGUUUACAUAAUCAGAAGUCUGAGAAAAGCAAACUGCUACGAUUGCAUAUCUGGUGUUUUUAUCAAAGAAAGAAAAUUUCAGUUGAGAAGAUUCAAAGAUGCAAUCUUCUGUUUGUAUGUGAUGUAGACUAAGUUGGCUGCUCCAUUCAUUAGACAAAAAGUUUACCAUUGGAUUACACUAAUGUGUAAUCAUCUUGUUAUUUUUAACAAACGUUUUUUUCCUGACUCAAGGAAAAAAAAAUGUAGUGAGUCCAGAGAGAGCAAAAACUUUUGUAAAAACCAAAUAUAUUCAUUUAGAGAGUAGAUGACUUCUAUUUUCACUGUUAGUUUUUUUCCCUCCACUGCAGAAGCUCCCUGUUACUACAUUCUAGGGGGAAAGCCUGUGGAACACAGUGGUUAUUGCCAUUGUCUUUGUUUCAUCUUUGUAAAGUUUGUCCUUUGUGAGGUUUGGUGGAAUAGUGAGCACUGACCGACAGACUGUAGUAGUGUGCUAUAUUUUUACAUUGAACAUUUAAUGUCUUAUUUGAUUUGUAUAUAACUCUGUAAAUAGAUGACAAUAGACCACAGCUGACAUUUGCAAAAUGUUUUUUGUACCCUAGAAUUUUUGCAUCAAAUAAAAUGUUUUAAGAUU